CGAAAAGAGAAGAACACAUGCGCGCUGCUUACCAUUACUUUAUACACGUGAACAGCAACAUCCAAUGCAUAAAAUGCUUACCACGUAAAACCACAUUAGACAUUUAUAUGAACGCAUUAGUCCCUACUGUCACAAAAAAAACGUUUAAUUGUACCAAAUAGCACAACUCUAAACACAAUAUACUUGUCCUUAUAGCUGCUAGUUUUCAAUUAGCUAUUUCCUGACUGGAAACUUAACAAAUUAAGUUGCUAUAUUCUGCUAGUUAUCUUCCAACAUCAAUGAAGAAUUGUAGAUAAACAAGAAAGGUCAAAGAACUGAAGAUCUGCAACACUAACGAACGACUACACAAUUCCAACUCAAACGUGUUUGUCCAACUGAGCAAAGUCCAGCCCACUUCGAAAGCACACAACAUGAAUUAAGAGUUACUAUUUAACUUACAAUGGGCAAGACUGAUUUGAACUACAGGCAGCCGAGUUACUUUGAACAGCUGAAGAAAAAGGAGAAGGCCAGACGCAUUUCUCAAGAGGGCAACUCCAGUUUCAACGCCAGCUGGAUGUCUCCCCCCGAUGACUGCCACACAAUGACGUCAUCAUCAUCCGCCUCUGAGGGAAGAGACAAGCAGUCACCCACAUCUAUUGCUCAAGUAACAGACCUCUCUCAGAUCACUCAGCGACACGUGGACGCCUCGUGGGCUGUAGCCAAAGAGUCCUGCAAAGUCAACCCCAAAUACAUCAGACGACAACUUCACACGAGAGGGGGCGGAAGAGCAACUGCACCACCCAAAAGAGUAGGCUGGAAGACCGUUCGGCUGUUCGUCUCAUCCACCUUCCACGAUUUCCAGGCGGAGCGAGACCUGCUGGUGAAGAAAGUGUUUCCCGAUCUGAAGGCAUGGUGCUUCGAGCAGAAGAUUCACUUGGUGGAAAUUGAUCUGAGAUGGGGAGUGCCACAGGGUGCGGAUGCGGAGGUGGCUCUGCGUACGUGUCUGGGGGAGAUAGAGAGGUGCUACAGUGACAAUGGACUGCCCUUCUUCCUCAACAUGCAGAGCGAGAGGGUCGGAUGGCUCCCUCUCCCCUCACAGGUGCCCCAGUCAAUCAGGGAUGAGUUCGACUGGGUAGAUGGUCUGAGCAUCACGGAGAUGGAGGUGCUACAGGGAGCGAUCAGGUCCAGAAACCCCAAUGCAUUCUUCCUCAUCAGACAUCCCUCCUUCCUGCAGACAGUGCCACAGGACAAGCGCAAGUACUAUCAGGAAGGACUGCAUAUCUCCAGUUACAAGAGUAUCAAAUUCAGAGAAGUGCUGGACUCCCUGUUCGGUCAGAACCAGAAGGUUAACUACUAUGCCAGGUAUGACGGGGAGGACGCCAUGGGAUAUCCACAGCUGACAGGCUACGAGGAUCUCCUCGCUCAACAAGUCCUCGACUUCUUCAAGAUGCGCAUCAUGGCACACUACCCCAUGGGAGUGGGUGACUCGGUGGAACAAGUUAACGAGUGGGAGAAGCUGACAGACAUGCACGAGACAUUCAUGCACAGCGAGGCGGGCGAGAUUGGGAAACUGCCCGUGUGGGACAAGCAGAUAGCAGACUUGAUUCAAUACGUGGCAGACGAAGCCACAGAAGUGCCCUACCUACUCCAGGCUAAGUCUGGAUCGGGCAAGAGCUCCUGUCUGUCUACCUUCAUCACCAGGGUCCGCAAGUCUUUUCCAGACGCCAAGGUGUUCUGUCACUUUGUGGGAGCAGUUCCAGGGUCAAUCAACUACAAGCAACUAGUGAAGCGGAUUGCUCACUUCUUGGGUGAGAGAGUGGAUGGAGUGGAUGACUUGAAUGUAGUGGUGCAGUCUGUCUGUAGGAAGCUCUCAUCACACAGGGCAGAGAGACUAGUGAUUGUGAUAGAUGCAUACAACCAACUCACAGAUCCAUCUACCACCUGGCUACCAUACCCACUGUCCCCCAUGGUCAAGGUGGUAAUCACAGCCAGACCGGAGAGUGAAGUGACAGAGUUGAUGCAGAAGCAGUACCCAAAGCCCCUGCUGACCAAACAACUCAUACCCAUGGACGAAGAGGGCAAGCGGGAGAUGGUCUCCUCUAUUCUGGGCAACUAUAACAAGCAACUGGACCCGAAACAGAUGGACCUCCUUCUCAGCAAACACUCCUCCUCCAGCUACUACUGGCUCUCACUAGCAUGCGAAGAGCUACGAAUCUAUGGCCACUUCUCCAAACUGACGGAGAAGAUUGAGAAGCUGCCGGAUGACCUGGUUGACCUUCAGUGCGAGAUCCUCAAACGACUGGAAGAUGAGCAACCUCAGGAGGAGCUGUUGGUUGCAGCACUCUGUCUUUUACUCGUCAGCCAAUCCGGCUUACUUGAAAUUGAGCUACUGGAGCUGUUAGCAGAACCUCCAAACUUGUUGCCCAAGUCACUCAGGGAAGGUCGCUAUGCGGACAAGCUGCCUUACAAGGUUUGGUCAGAGAUCAUGCGCGAUUUAAGAAACUUCGUCAAGUCGAUGGGCGAUCCAAGUGAAGGGAGACUGAAAAUAUACCACGCCACAUUCGGCAAAGCAGUUGAGAAGUUCUACUUUGACCGACUUGGAGAGACAGCUGCUAAACAAAACUACGCUUGGUUUCACCAGAAGCUAGCCAACUACUUCAAGGCUCACUCUACAUUCGAGAGACGCACCGAAGAGUACCCUUAUCACUUGGCUUCGCUACACCGAACAGACGAGCUAGCGCAAUUCUUGUGUAGCUGGGACACCAUCAACAGUUACUACCAGCCCAGGUUCUCAAAACAUUUAUCUCACUUGUGGAGCGCUGUGGACUCUGAAUACAGUGAGAUGUCUAGACUAUACGUACAGAAAACUGAAGACGCCAUUAGAAACGUCAACUCGGAACAUAAAAUCGCAGCUGCUGAUUUGCUGAAGCUAGCUGACAUAUGCUAUCAGAACGGGAGAUACCCUGGAUGCAACGAAAUCAUAGCCAAAAUUGAAAACGCUUCGACUUCAAUUUCACAACUACUAAUUCUCGAUGACAUUCAGUCAUUCACAGCGGAACUGAAGUAUAUUCAAGCUAAGAGCAUCGAAAAAUCUGCCCAAGUCAAGGACGUGUUGGCCAAGGCGCACUCGGACACUGAGGAGGAAUCUGACGAAGUGAUAAAAGCGCUGAUGGACGCACUGGACUCUAUGAACAAACUGGACUCAGUUCACUUCAAGCGGAAAUCGGCUGAGCUGGAAAACCGAAUUGGGAUGUUCUACAUGACGAAACUAUUUGCGCUUGAAAACUCCAGUCACAAAAUGGAUGAGCAUGACGAGGCAAAUUUUCGAGAGCGAGCGAUAGAAUGGGUGAACCGCGCUCAGAAAAGCUACAGGCUCAUCGAAGACCAAAUAGGAAUCGCGGAUACGUUCACUUCACUUGGUGUUUGCUCAAAAGAACGCUGUGAAAAAAUAAGAAACUACGAAACAGCCGAAGAGAUCAUUGGCUCUGAGGGUGGAGCUGCGGAAGAAGCGGCGAUAGGUCGCCUAUAUAUGAAUCUGGGAAUCUACUACGAACUAGACGGCUCAUCCAUCGAUGACGCUGUGGAAUACUAUGAAAAGUACCUCGAUAACUCCUUACGUCUAUUUGGUAUUUAUCAUCCUGAGACGAAGCGGGCACAACACGCUGUAGCCAAACUGAGCAGAGAUUAAAGUUACAUAAACAAAAAUAUGUAAACUAAAUUUUAUUAGUAAAAAGAGCAGGCCCAAUUUGAAUCCAAAUACAUUGAAAACGCGGUUACUUUAUUUCAAUUUAAAAAAUCGACAAGAUAAUGGU